UGCUCAUGAUAUCCCCUCCCCAUUCUGCUGGAUAUCUAACGGCUCAAUUAUCUGUUAUGUCUAACUCUUUCCCUUUCUCUUAUUUUUAUACAGACUCAUCAAUACUUUGCCAUGGAAUACCUGAGCGGUGGGGAUUUGCAUGAAUACAUAGAGAAAUGCGGUCCAUUACCCCUGGAGAAGAUAAGAUCCAUAUCUGCGGAGAUCCUGUGCGGUCUUCAAUACCUCCACACCAUGGGCAUCGUCCACAGAGAUAUAAAAGCAAAAAAUAUCCUUCUGGACAAGGACGGACAUAUAAAAAUCACAGACUUUGGAACGGCGGUAACAGAUGCCUACGGAAAAAUGAUUAAAGGAUUAGUGGGAACGCCAUGUUAUAUGGCGCCAGAGAUGUGGAGCGAAAAACCUUACAACUGGGCUGUAGAUUAUUUCGCAUUUGGCCUUACGGUGUAUGAGAUGGCGACAGGCCGUAGUGUGAUGAAGGCAAUAUUUACCUGUCAACCUUCUUAUUCAUCAAAAAUGAACCCCGACCUGAAGGACCUUUUCGAGAGGCUCGUCUGCAAAGAUCAAGAAAAUAGGAGACGACUGGUCAGAAAUCUAAGAUCUCAUCCAUUUUUCCAAUCAAUCAACUGGCUGGAGCUAGAAGAAGGGAAGGCUCGCUCACCAUGUGUCAUGACCAGGAUGAGUAGAUUUCACAAUAACUGGCCCGUCAUGGGCACAAGGUGUGACAGAUGUGCCUGGGCACACCCAAAUCACCUUGUGUGGAACAGAUUCCACAUGUUUAGACCCCUGAGAUUUAGCCAAAGCCCACUUAUUGGGCUCCUAAAACAAUUGUAAAAAAUACCACCCACUGCCUUAUAGACACCAAUCUCUGCCCUACUAACACCGUCCACUGCUCUAAUGACACAGUCAGGAUAUAUGGAUAUAGUGACAGGAGG